AUGUCAAAAUUAUAUGGAGAUAUUCUUUAUUUAAUAUUUGAAGAAUUACAAUAUGAUAAAAAAUCACUUGUUUUAUGCCUUAGAGUUAAUAAAGCUUGGUGUGAAAUAAUUGUUCCAAUUUUAUGGAAAAAUCCUUGGGAACGGUUAACUCAUGGAAAGAAGAAAUCAUUAUUAAACGUAAUCAUUUCAUAUUUAUCAGAUGAAACAAAAAAUAAUUUAAUUAAUUAUUUUACAAAUCCAUAUAAGAAACCUUCUUUUAAUUAUUUUAGUUUUUGCAAACAUUUAAAUUUAGAAGUAAUUAAAAAAAUAAUUAAAAAAUUAACUCCUCAUUCUAAUUUUAAAGAAAUUAAAAAUGAUAUAUUGAAUCUUUUUAUUAAUGAAAAUAUGGAUUAUACUCACCUUUAUAUACCUAAAAAGUUUGAUUAUCAUUUCAAUCCUGGUGCUGAAUCUUGUAUUUCAGAAAUUAAAUUUCUUAAAUGUAAUGAUAGAAUUAAUGAUAAUAUUUUAUCAAUAUUAACUAAAACAUGUAAAUCAAUUAAAGAAUUGGAACUUACACUUUAUGAAUAUAAUUAUAAUUGUGGGAUUGCAAAAUUAAUUGAAAAUCAAAAUAGAUUAUCUAGUAUUAGUUUUUUAAAUGAUUUUAUUGGUGACAAUCCGUCUCGUAUGACUAUUGAGAAUUCAUUAAUCAAACAUGCGGAUACUAUACAAUAUUUUGGUAUACGUGAACAACUUGAAACGAAAGUUUUUACAUCCUUUGUAAAUUUGAAAAUGUUGGAAUUAAUGGGUAAACGAACUGAUGGUGAAUCGAAAUGGAAUAAUAUAAAAGAUUUAUCUUUACUUUCCUUACAAUCUUUAAAAGCUAGUAAUAUUCCAAUUAAUUGUUUGGCAAAUUUAAUUCUAAGUUCCGGUAAACAACUUACUAAAAUUUGUUAUUAUAAUUAUUAUAAUGAUGUGGUUAGUAAUAAAAUACUUAUUCAAGCUAUUUAUCAUAAUUGUCCAAAUCUUAUUUAUCUUGAAUUAUUAUAUAGGAAUGAAAAUAUAUUAGAUUUAGAAAAAUUAUUAAUUAAUUGUCAAUAUUUAAAAAGAAUAGAUUUUAAUAUUUAUUAUUAUAAAGAAUCUUUAUUUCAUGUAAGUUUUUAUUCUUAUGUUAAAUGGGAUAAUUUAUUUAAUAUUUUAGCUAAAUCUUCCCCUUCUAGUUUAUUUGAAUUCGUUUUUAAAUAUACUGAUGAAAAUCCUGAAUUGGAAUCUUUAAAAUUAUUUUUUGAUAAUUGGGAAGGUAGAUUUCCUAUUUCUUUAAAAUUUAAAAAAGAAAGAGAUUAUUAUUAUGAAAGUGGUUAUGAUGAUUUGGUUGAUUUAAUAGAAAUAUAUAAAGAAAAAGGUGUAAUUAAAAAUUUUGUUCAUUAUCAUUAUGAUGAAGAUUCUGAUUUAUUAGAAAUAUAUAAAACAAAAAGAGUAAUUAAUAAUCCUGAGUCCGUCAUUAAGAAUUCUGAGAUUAAAUCAACUAGUAUCUGGAAUAGAUUUAAAAAGAAAUUUAAUAAAUAUCCGUGGUAA